AUGACAAAACCUACGGCACUGCCUUCAUACACAACGGAAAAGCCCUGUCGAAAACCGUUUACACCCAUUUACAGCUUAAAACAAAUCAUAUUCUUGCUGCUCACAACAUUUUGUCUAUUCGUUAUAACACUAUGGUUAAGAGUGGGUGAAAACUUUUUGUUAUUGGAAGAGACAUUUCCUUUGGAUCUCCCCCAUUCCGCAGACGCAGAUGGAUCUGCCAGACCAUUAUCCACUCCUGUAAAGAGCUCGACAGGAUCUCCGUCACAGCUCUCAGACGAACUGUUCAAUUAUCGCCCAUCGCCUAAUAAACUAAUAACGUAUCUACCCCAUUCGGGCACAACGUAUCAGUUUUUGGAGAUCGUGCGAGCUUUAACACUCGCUGCAGCAUUGAACAGGACAUUAGUUAUACCACCGCUGCGACCAUCACCGAAUGAAGAAAAUGGUCAGAAUGCUGAACCGUCAAGUUGGAGUAGGUUUUUUGAUUUGAAAGCGUUCACAGAACAGACAGGCAUUCCGUUGAUGGAAUGGGACGAUGUUUACGAACAACUCGUGCCUGAGAAAGAAAUGACUUGUGUUGGUUUAACUGGACGACAUACAAGGACAUCUUCAUUACAUGCGGACAAAUUCUAUAAGGAACGUUACAACAUGACUUUACAUUUUGAAGAGCGCGGAUUGGCCGACAAUCCAUCAGCACUUGCAAAAGCGCUCAAUGAGAUUGAUGAUGAUUUGAUCUGUCUAUCAGAUGCCUUCUAUCUUCGAUGGAGGUUAAAAGAACAAUGGGAAUCUAUUGGCAAAUACUUUCAUUAUUCUAAAGAACUAUCAAUUUUUGCCGACAGAAUAACUUAUGACAUGUUCGGAGUUAAACCUUACAUUGGAAUUCAUUUGCGAAGAGGUGAUUUCAAAAAGAUAUGUAAGAAGAUAGUAAAUCCAUUAGCAAGGGAAAAUUGUUGGCCAACGCUCGAAACACUCCAGAAUACGGUAUCAUAUAUCAGACAAGAGCUAUCUGGCAUGGAUCUCCCAGUAUUUGUCGCAACUAAUUCACAAAACCCAGUCGAAUUAAGGGCAAUCAGUGAACUUGGAUGGAAAAUGGUUGACUACAAACUGUAUAAUGUCGAAGAGAAAUUUGGUGUUUUUGGACGUUCGAUGGUAGAAGGAUCGAUAUUAACAAAAGCAUCAUUUGGCAUUGGAACAAGAGGAAGUACCUUUAGUAAAGUCGCAGAAAUGAGAAUGAAGGAUUGGUACGGCGGGCUUAGUAUAAAACUAAUAGCAAAUACGGAAAAUCCUGGAGAUUUACUUUCUUAA